AUGGAGGAUGGUGAAGAAAAAGAAAAGCGCAAAGUUCAGGAGGGCCAGUGUCAGCCGCGGAGUGGCCCCAACUGCCGGCAGAACCAACGUCACACCGACAGCCAUGGAUUUCGCCGCCCUGUUCCAAAACCCCAAGUUCGUGAAGGUGAAGCUGGGGGCACCGCCAGACCAGGGUCGUGGCAACGGCGCAACCCCAUCACAGGCGACUUCCCAACCACGUGCCGAGAAGUCGUCGCUGCCCGUGAGAACAGAAGUCCCUCGCGAAGUCCCCGCCACCGUGAGCAUCCCUCGGCGAUCCCUUCUUCCCGACGCCUGCUAGCCGCGAAGUCGCCACCGCUGCAACUUAACGACCUCUGCCACCCGCGAAUUCGGCCCUCACGAGCGUCACCGGAAACCCCUCCUCCUCACGCAUGGCCACAGCCAAGUCCCAACCGUCGGCGAUCCUUAGCCACUUCCACCUACCAGGCCCUCACGAGCGUCACCGACGAGCAGACCCGACCAUUUUUCCCAGACGAGUUGCAGCGAGCAGUAGUCGUGCGAGGCCAUCGUUGA